CCAGCUCUCCCACGAGAUUGCGUCGCGAGGAAGCGGUGCAACCAUAAUGACCAGGUAGCCGCCGAAGCUUUUCCUUCCGGGGCCCGUCUUUCCUCUCCGGCUCCGUCGUCCUAAUAAUAAGAGGGAAAAGACCGGCUCUCCCAGAUAGAUCGUGGGCUAUGGCGAUGGUGGAGGAGGAGGAGAUCCGCCUCGAAGUGGAGGCGGUCCAGGCCGUCUACGGCGACGAUUGCCGUGUGAUACUUGACUUCCCGCCGCAUCUCAACGUCCGCAUCCGGCCUCGAACUGCCGACGAUUCUUCGCAACAGUUUGUGGAAGUCAUACUUGGAAUAAAAGCAUGUGCUCAGUAUCCCAGUGAACCUCCUUAUAUAUAUGCUGUAGAAACGAAAGGCCUUGAUGAGAAUCGACAAACACGUUUGAUUGCUAGCAUACAGAACAAAUCCCAGGAGCUCUCUUCAUGCAUGAUGCUUGUGGCCCUUUGCGAGGAAGCAGUGGAGAUUCUUUCUAAUAUGAACCAUCCUGAAGGAAACUGCCCAUUAUGUCUAUAUCCUUUGGUCACACAAGAUAAAGAUGAUUCUUCUUUGCCAUUUAUGAAGCUGAUGUCCUGCUAUCACUGCUUUCACAGUGAAUGUAUUAUCAGGUGGUGGAAAUGGCUCCAGGAGCAAAAUGACAACAAAAUAGCUCAGGAAACUACUGCUGCUGCUAUAGAACAAAGGGAUAUGCCUGCCACUGUAAAUCAACACAAAGGAACUUGCCCUGUUUGUCGGAAGGUGUUUGAUGCAAAGGAUAUUGAGCAUGUUCUUGAUUACCUUGAAACAAAUUUAUCUCAACUGAGAUUUGCAGGAAUGGACAGAGAUGAAGAUGAUAAACUGUUUCUACAAUCAGAGUUGGAGAAUAAGAGAAGGGAGAAAUUUGAGGGCUUGUUAAACUUGCAGCAAGAAAACAACGGUCUGAUUGAACCCACAAAAAACCUUCAGAUAUUACCUGGGAUGUUUCUUCCUGAACCUCUCUCGCUGCCUACUACAUCUGUAGAGACCAGAGGUGAACUAUGCGGAGAUACCGCUGACCGUUCAACCUUUGAUUCAAAUACCUCCAUAAACAAAGCAUCCACAAGCAAGCAAAAGAAUACAAGCAUGAGGAGAAAGAACAGUCUUCAUAAUUCAAGAAAACAAAAACAUGCACAACCAGUGCGAAAACAGUGGAUCAAGAAAGAAGUGCAGACUUCGGAGCAGUGACAUAGUUGUUUCUUUCUUUCUUUCUUUUUCUCUGAACAUAAGAGCCCUGUUUUCCACCCUUAUUUUUCGAGAAAAGAAGUUACAUUGCAAGCAUGUACGCGCCAUAUGCCUGAUGGGCAGAACUAGUGUAUCGUGGUGCAUAUCGAGCUGCCAUAUGCAAUUUGUAUUUGUUUGAGUAUUGCCUUCAUUAUAUAUUUAUAUGCCUAUUCUUUUGUGUGUGAGAGAGAUUUCCUAAUGGGAACAUUUCACAGAGACCGUGAAAAUAUAUUUAUAUGCAAAUUGUCUAUUUUUUAAGAAGUA